GUGUAUACAUUGUCACGCUGGGUGUGUUCCCGCCCCGGCAGUGAGCCAAUAGGAGGCGGGCAUUGCUUCGCUCCACCCCUCAGUCCUGGUGUGUUGUAUGAGUGCGUGUGCUCGGGUUUUUGCAGUCAUGUCAGUGUGCUCGGAGCCCGGUUUCUCCAGUGAGGAGGUGUUGAGCCUACGCUUCCCUCUGCACCGAGCCUGCCGGGAUGGAGACCUUCACUGCCUCCGCUCCUUACUGCAAGGCCCGCCCGGGAACACCGCUCAACAGCUAGGCAAAGAAGACUCCUGUUACGGCUGGACGCCCAUACAUUGGGCGGCACACUUCGGGAAGUUGGAGUGUCUGGUCCAGCUGGUUGGGGCAGGUUGCUCUGUUAAUGCCAGCACAACUCAGUUUGCUCAAACACCAGCACACAUUGCUGCUUUCGGAGGACAUCCUCACUGCCUGAUGUGGCUUAUUCAAGCAGGUGCUAAUGUAAAUAAACAGGACUAUGUAGGUGAGACUCCUGUACACAAAGCAGCAAGGGCUGGUAGUAUGGACUGCCUUAAGGCCCUUGUAUCCAGCGGAGCGCAAAUAGACUUUAAGAAUGCCAGUGGCUUGACAGCGGCUGACCUUGCGCACUCCCAGGGCUUUACAGAGUGUGCUCAAUUCCUUCUUAACCUCCAGAACAGUCAACUCAACGGUUUCUAUUGCACUAGCUCCUUAAAUGGAGUUCAACCAAAUCCAGUUAAUCACCAUAAUGGAGGAAUAAACAAUCGUAAAAGGUCAUUCCAUGAUUUGGAGGCAUCUGUUGUAAAGAAGCUGAGAACUGAAGUGAAUAGCUUCGGUACAGAGUACAUGACUGGAGGGAUGGAGGAUGAAGAGAGCAUGCAUGUAGAAAAUCACUCUGAGAUAUCAGGUGGGAUUGGGCAGUUUUCUGACAGAUGCUGCAACACACAGAUGAUUGAAGAUCUGAAACCUCAGGAGAGCACAUCUAAUAGACCAUCAGAUGCUGAUAAUUUUACAGUAUCUGCAACACAAACCCCCUUUCGUUGCAUCAAUAUGAAUGGUAGCAUUCACUUCAGUUCGUUAACAAAUGGAACAGCAAGUAAUGGACAUUGUGGUCGUCCACUCAGUGAAAUGGAAGCCAACCCUGUCAAGUGCCUCCAGUCGACCAACGGAUACAACACUGUCGCAAAUGGAAACAAAGAGUGUGAUGGGAGUGGAACAUUUAUGGAAAAUAGAAUUGAAGCUGUAAAUGUAUCUUCCUGUGGCUCUCUGCAUAAUAACGGGAGUCCAAGUGAUCAUGUGGCUUCUAGACCUUCCUGGGGUGAGGGGAUUGCAGAUAUCUUGCAGUAUGGCUUUUACCAUGGGUUUGGAGACUCUGCAGAGGGUUUACCUGAGCACAGUAGUGUUGUAGAGCAUUCUGAUUCAGUCCAUGAUGAACAGCAGUAUAAACACAGAUUCAUAAGCACACUUCAUCAAUAUCAAGGAUUCUGAGAUGACAAUCUUUGUUAAUUUUUUGUUCAGUACUAUACUUGCAUUUCAGUUCUAACUCCAUACAUUGAGACGGGCUUGUUAUGCAGGCUGGUUGUUUAAAGUAAUAUACACCAAAUUAUUUUCUUUCCACCUUCCCA